GGCCUUCCUCCAAUCUGCUCCGGUCCAACAUGGCUCCGCGGUUGUGCAUCAUCUCUGCAGCGGCACGGCGGCUGCUCACGAAGCCGGGACCCCGUGCUGGGGACCUCGCGGCUGCGGCUGCUGUGCGCUUCUAUUCCAAGGACAGUGAAGGCAGCUGGUUCCGCUCCCUCUUUGUUCACAAGGUGGAUCCUCGGAAGGAUGCGCACUCCACUCUGCUGUCCAAGAAGGAGACUAGUAAUCUCUACAAGAUCCAGUUUCACAAUGUGAAGCCCGAGUGUCUGGAUGCCUACAACAGUCUGACGGAGGCUGUGCUGCCCAAGCUGCACUUGGACGAGGACUACCCCUGCUCGCUUGUGGGCAACUGGAACACAUGGUACGGGGAGCAGGACCAGGCAGUACACCUAUGGCGGUUCUCAGGUGGCUAUCCGGCCCUCAUGGACUGCAUGAACAAGCUAAAAACCAACAAGGAGUACCUGGAGUUCCGGAAGGAGCGGAGCAAGAUGCUACUGUCCAGGAGAAAUCAGUUGCUUCUGGAGUUCAGCUUCUGGAACGAACCACAGCCCCGAGCUGGCCCCAACAUUUAUGAGCUGAGGACAUACAAGCUCAAGCCAGGAACCAUGAUUGAAUGGGGAAACAACUGGGCUCGGGCCAUCAAGUACCGUCAGGAGAACCAGGAGGCGGUGGGGGGCUUCUUUUCACAAAUAGGAGAGCUCUACGUGGUACAUCACUUAUGGGCCUACAAAGAUCUGCAGUCUCGGGAGGAGACUCGAAAUGCAGCCUGGAGAAAGAGGGGCUGGGAUGAAAAUGUCUACUAUACAGUCCCCCUGGUUCGACACAUGGAGUCACGAAUCAUGAUCCCUCUGAAGAUUUCUCCGCUCCAGUGAGGCCGGCAGUGUCUCCACCUCCCUCCCUUUCCUGUGGACUAGCCUGGAGCAGAGCAGCUUCCAGGCCGGUUGGCACAGUUUCCUCUCAACUCUGGAAGACUUCUGAUGGGUGGUGGACAUUUUCUGAGAACUUAGUCUGUCUAUGCCCAGGCAGCCUCUCUCCCAUGCUGGAUGAACUUUUUAAUUUGCCUACAUGCAGAAUAGCAACCUUUUAAGCAUUCACACAUUUUCCUCUUAAGAUUCGUCAUCUUCAGGACAUAAGUCCCCAGCUAACUCUGUGGCCAUGGCUUAAUUGUGUAAAAGCUGGCAUGACUGGAUGUUAGGAGGUACAGUGUGAAAGGAUGUCAGCCCUUGUAUGGCCCAGGAACUCUCUGGUGUCUACUUGUUAAAAAAGCAAGCCUGAGCCUUUUUUUUUUUUUUUUUUUUUAAAAAAGUCUGGAACUGCCAUAAACUCUGAAGUCAUCAAAGUCAGGAGGAGAUCCAGAAUUCUCCUUAAAGGGCUGGGAAAAAGAUGGAAGUGGGAAGGAUUUGGGUACAUGAGACAGGCUUGAAGCAGGAACCCUUCAGAAGUGGGCACAUAGGAUUCAGAAAUUGAAAUACAGAAGAAUUAGGAAGAUAGAACAGAGAUGACAGAGGACCUUAAGGGAGGGCCCUGUUCCUAGACACAUGGAGUGGCUUAUCCAUGUUUUCCUAUACAAUGUGGUUAAAACUUGAAUUCGCGCUCCAGCUCUUCUGCACUUCUUCCUUCCUACAGAUAAAAAUACAGGCUGAGACCUAUAGUUCCAUUGAAUUCUUUCUUUCCCAACUUGACAUUGUCAGCCAAACCCUCAUUUUGCAGAACCACUAGCUCUUAGAGUGGGUUCAGUGAUUCUGGGGUCUCUUCAAUGACCCCCAUACCUCAUGAACCCCUGCUCAGCAUGGUUCUGCUACCAUACCAGGAGGAUGUACUGGAAGAGUUGAUGGAACCAAAUUAAAUAUUUACAGUAAACUGUGGUGGUGUCCUCAUCUGCAAGGAAUCUCAGUAGUUGUCUAAGGCAGGGUAGCUUUCAGCUGGCUGAGGGGUACACUGGCAUUCAUCUCUCAGGGAGAGCAUCGUCAUCCCAGAGGAAGAGAAGGAACUGUUUCUGCACAGCCAAGUAUUUACUAUCCAUGUUUCAAGCUGCUAACAGUCAGAAUUUACUCCAGAAAUGCCAGGAAUAGGAAACACCUGAAGCUUACAGAUACUGCAUGAGAGUAUUGAUUUUUGUCUUGGGGAAAAUAAAAUAAAACAGUGAUG